GUGUCUUGCGGCGAGGAUAAGUUGUCAAAUUAAACCACCGAACCUCAACCCCCAGUUUUGAUUUGAAUAGGACAGCUCCACGGACAGAGAAAGCGAGAAUGGAACAGAAGUGGGACUUGCAAAAUGUUGCCCUGUAAGAAGAGAAGAACUACACUGACAGACUCCCCCCAGCAUCAGGGCAACCAGGAGGAGGAUGACUUAGACCUAGAGUCAGCUGUUAAGCCAGAAUUGGACCACGUUAAAGACUUGGAGUCAGUGUCACUAUCCUGGGUUCCAAGUCAUGGCAGAGCGGCUGGCCUUGAAGUACAGUCUGUACAGGAUGCAGGAGAACAGCUUGGUGUCGAGGACCCACCUUCAGACUCUCGUGUGCUCACCCAGGACACAAAUGCACCAGUUUUAGAAGCUGUUGAUUUGGCCAUCUCUCAGGGAAUCACCCUACCUUCCUUGGAGUCUUCUCAGCCCCUAAAUAUACAUAUUGGUAAAGGAAAACUCCAGGCCACUAGCUCAAGGAGAGGGAAGAAAAUUAUACUCAGGCCUGGGCCAUUUACCCAAGAAGACAGAGAUGAUCAUCCUAUCACAAAGGAGCCUCUUUCAGGAGAGCCUAGCGAAGAAGUCAAGGAAGAAGGAGGAAAACCUCAAGUGUAUUCUGAAGGGGAGAUGCCUUCGCUGUCAUCAGGCAGCCACUCUACAAAACCAGCAGCCCAGCCUAGGAAAUCAUCCCAGCCAGAUGUCUGUGCGUCUCCUCAAGAAAAGCCCCUCAGGACUCUAGCUCACCAAACUGAGGAAGAGACAGAGGAUGGUGGACUCUUUAUUCCAAUGGAAGAGCAAGACAGUGAAGAAAAUGAGAAAAGACGGAAAAAGAAAAAGGGUACCAAGAGGAAAAGAGAUGGACGAGGUCAGGAAGAAGGCACUUUGGCUUGUGACCUGAAGCUGGAUGACGUGCUUGACCGCACCUUAGAGGAUGGGGCCAAGCAGCACAACCUAACAGCAGUCAACGUGCGAAACAUCCUUCAUGAAGUAAUCACAAAUGAACACGUGGUAGCUAUGAUGAAAGCAGCCAUCAGCGAGACAGAAGAUAUGCCCAUGUUUGAGCCCAAAAUGACACGCUCUAAACUAAAGGAAGUGGUGGAAAAAGGAGUGGUAAUUCCAACAUGGAAUAUUUCACCAAUUAAGAAGGCCAAUGAAAUUAAGCCUCCCCAGUUUGUGGAUAUCCACCUCGAAGACGACGAUUCCUCCGAUGAGGAGUACCAGCCAGAUGAUGAAGAGGAGGAUGAGACCGCUGAAGAGAGUUUAUUGGAAAGUGAUGUUGAAAGCACUGCUUCAUCUCCACGUGGGGCCAAGAAAUCCAGAUUGAGGCAGUCUUCUGAGAUGACUGAAACAGAUGAGGAGAGUGGCAUAUUAUCAGAGGCUGAGAAAGUCACCACACCUGCCAUCAGGCACAUCAGUGCUGAGGUAGUGCCCAUGGGGCCCCCGCCUCCCCCAAAGCCCAAACAGACCAAGGAUAGUACUUUCAUGGAGAAGUUACAUGCGGUAGAUGAGGAGCUGGCUUCCAGUCCGGUCUGCAUGGAUUCUUUCCAGCCCAUGGAUGACAGUCUCAUUGCAUUCCGAACUCGCUCUAAGAUGCCUCUGAAAGAUGUUCCCCUGGGGCAACUAGAGGCAGAGCUCCGAGCUCCAGAUAUCACCCCCGACAUGUAUGACCCCAACACAGCAGAUGAUGAGGACUGGAAGAUGUGGCUGGGGGGACUCAUGAAUGAUGAUGUGGGGAAUGAAGAUGAGGCAGAUGAUGACGACGAUCCAGAAUAUAAUUUCCUGGAUGACCUUGACGAACCAGACACUGAGGAUUUCCGCACUGACCGGGCAGUGAGAAUCACCAAAAAGGAAGUGAAUGAACUGAUGGAAGAGCUGUUUGAAACUUUUCAAGAUGAGAUGGGAUUCUCCAACAUGGAAGAUGACGGCCUAGAAGAGGAGGAACGUGUGGCUGAGCCUCGGCCUAACUUUAAUACCCCUCAAGCCCUACGGUUUGAGGAACCACUGGCCAACUUGCUAAAUGAGCAGCAUCGCACAGUGAAGGAGCUACUUGAACAGCCGAAGAUGAAGAAAUCUUCAGCCAAACAGCAGCAGGAGGUAGUAGACAGGGUUAAGCCCCAGAGUGAGAAAGUUCAUCAGACUCUGAUUCUAGACCCAGCACAGAGGAGGAGACUCCAGCAGCAGAUGCAACAGGUGAGACUCUUCUUCUGUAAUGUGGAUCAUCCAUUGGCUUGGCUCUGA